AUGGCACCGACGAAGUAUGUUGAUCGCUCUGUGCCGACAAUCUCCCUCCGCGACUUCGAUGCGCGCAUCGAUGUGAUUACACAGGAACUUGUCGAUGCUGCAGAGAACCACGGCUUCUUCUGCAUCGUGGACCACGGCAUAACACGCGACGCUGUCGACGGCAUCUUCAAUCAGUCAGCGCGUUUCUUCAAUCAGCCUGAUCCCGUGAAAUCGCAAGUGCCAUUCUCCCCUCAACACAACGCCGGAUGGGAGAAGAAUGCUCAAAUCCGGCCAUCUACUGGUGCAGUCGACCGCAAAGAGUCUUAUCAGAUGCAAUUCGGCGAAGGCAUGAAUGGUCGAUGGCUGAGUGACCAGACCCUUCCGGGGUUCCGAGCGGAGGCUUUGGAGUUCAUGCACAGAGUACAGGCAGUCAGUGAGAGGCUCAUGAGGUGCUUCGCGCGGGGGUUGAACUUCGAGGAAGAUUACUUCGUCAAAGCUCACGAUGUCAGCCGACCAGAGUCUCAGACUGUCUGCCGAUUACUGCAUUAUUUCGAGACUCCGCAGGUACCGAAUCCAACAGGAGAGGUACAUCAUCGAGCGGGCGCACACGCCGACUGGGAUUUCUUGACUUUGCUGUUCCAAAAGGCAGGGCAGUCUGGUCUUGAGAUCUGUCCGGGGCGGGAAGUAUCAACUUCGUUCGGGUACGGGGAUGCGUGGACCAAGGUUGAGCCGGACGCAGACAAGAACGCAAUCGUCUGCAACGUCGGUGACCUCCUUAUGUCGUGGUCAGAUGACCGCUUCAAGUCGACCUUUCAUCGUGUCAAGGCUCCAUGUGAACCUGACGACUUCUACGGCGAGCGCUACAGCAUCGCCUUUUUCAAUCAGCCAUGCAAAGACGCCAAGAUCCAGGGCCCACUGAAGAAGUAUCCAAUGGUGACGGGUGAGGAGUUUACGAGGAAUGCCAUGAGCCGGAAUUAUCAGGCUAUACAAGAUAAACUAAAGAAGGAGAAAGAGCCGGCGGUAGCGGUUGUCGAAGUGAGCGCGACGGUAGCUGAGCGCGGAUGCCUAGUCGACCCGCUUAUUUCUCUCACCUGCCCUGACAUUCAGCCUUCUAUUCUUGAAACCAAGUUCGACCGUCUAAACCCCACAAGCAACACGACAAGCACAAUACCAAUGGUUCCAGCGACUCUGCCCUUGGCAGAUCCUUCGCCCAUCGAGAAGCUGCCCGCCGAGUUACUAGAGUGCAUACUGCUGGAAGUUGCGAAGCAUGCUGUACCGCCAGUUACCGAAGACGAAGACAGCCAGACUGUCGAUCACGAGAAGUCUCUUCCCCCGCCUUCGCUCGUUGGUGGUCGAUCAUAG